AUGGCUACUCCAGGAGACAGCAACAACAGCGCUCCUACCGAGCCCUAUGCUGCUCAGUUCACCAUGAUGGACAAAGUCAGGGAGUACCUGGAGGCGCUUAACGUCGCCGUAAGUGACAAGCUGACCCGUCACGCGGCCGACGUUCACCACGAAGACCUCCCACAUGAGAAUGCCGAAAGCUCGGCGGCUUCGACUACCGAAACAGGCACCAUCACACCGUCCUCUGUCCGAUCCGUUGUGCCUGAUCGCCUAAACAUGCGCAUCCCGCCCCUGAACUACGGUGCUGUCGUCCCUGGAAGUAUCUACCGCUGCAGCUAUCCUCAGCCCGAAAACUACGAAUUUAUCAAGGACCUUAAAAUCCAGAGCAUUCUGACCCUAGUACCAGAGCCCAUUGCCCCUGAGUAUCAGAACUUCAUGGAUUCCGCUGGCAUACAGCAUUUCCGCGUCCAUAUCCGCGCAAACAAGGGCCAAGUCCGCAUUGACUCCUGCGAAAUGCAGCGAGCCCUGCGCCUGAUCAUGGACCGCACCAACCAUCCCAUCAUGAUCCACUGCAACAAAGGCAAGCACCGCACCGGUUGCACCAUUGCCUGCUUCCGACGCAUCUGCGGCCUCGACCUCGACACGGUGCGCGAGGAGUACCACACGUACGCGGGCAAAAAGGCGCGCUUCCUCGAUGAGGUCUUCUUCGAGACCUUCGACCUCAACCUCGUCAUGUGGAUGGCACGACAGGAGAAGUGGGUUGCUGCCGUUGGUGUUGCCGCGCCCCCCUCACCGCCCGCCACACCUGUUAUGCGAGUCGCGGCGCCAAAAGUCCUGGCAUAG